CAUGAAGUACUUGAAGGCACCAUCAAACAGGCUUGCUAGCACCAGUCGAUGCUCCAAUAAGCUGAAGCCAUGUAACACUGGGUAAAGGUUAUCAUUGAGGAUCGCCGCUAUAUUUUACCUGUAGGACAGCUCUUCUACCUGCCUUACACAUAUGUAGUAAUCAACAUGUUUAAAUAACAUGACAAAUAGUUCUUCGUCUUCAGACAGGAGCACAAAACAUCUAAAGAUGGGCGAGUUUGCAAGCGGGGCUCCUGGCCAGAUAACCGUGUACUCCAUACAGGGCUGUCCACACUGCGUGCAGGCUAAGGCCACCCUGGGCCGAUUAGGGGUCCCGGUGCACGACGUGGACGUUGGUAGUCAUUCAGAAGUGAGGGCAAAGCUGAAGGAGCUGACAGGUCGCAGCUCCGUACCCCAGAUUUUCUUCAACAGUGUUUACGUUGGUGGGAAUGAAGAGCUGCAGAAAUUGGCUCCUGAGGAGCUUCAGAGGUUAGUGUCUGUGGUCCAGACAGAGCCUCUCCCUGCUGAUGCUCUCCCGUUACCUGACAAGAAUCCAUCGGAGCGUAGCGAUCAGGAGACGGAUAACGAGUUUAGGUGUGAAAGAGAUGAGUUGGCAGACCUGGUGGAGGACUUCAAGCAUGCAGGUGUGAUUGGCAGUCACUGGAGAGGGCUGACUUUGUACAAAAUGAGCUUCUCAGGGACUCAGCUAGUUGACUGGCUGCAUAAAGAAAAGGGCAUGGCCAGGGAAGAUGCUCGCAAUACGGGCGUGGCGUUGUUGCAGAAGAAGUACAUGGUUGGGGUGCAUGGCGGUGGGCUGAAGGGUAGCAGUUUUGGCACGGAUAAAGACGCCACGGAGACGCUGUACCGCCUGCUGGAAGACGACCCUCAUUCAUCUCUCAAUGCAGGACGCACUGCCUCCUGCAAUCCCAUACGGGCUGCUGAGCUGUCUUUGCUUUUACGAGAAAUGAUCCUGAAACUGUUCUCGGAUCAUCUCUCCGCCGAUGGCAAGUCUGUUGACUAUAAAGGCAUGUCUGCCAACCCGGCGUUUGAGCGCUACUGUGACCUCGCCAUUCAGCUCCAGAGGGUGGAGCUGCUUUCGCUGAGCCGGGAAGAGAAGCUGGCCUUCUUCAUCAACAUAUACAACGCCUUAGUCAUCCAUGGGUACCUACGACUGGGGGCCCCCACCAACUGGUGGCAUAGAUACAGGUUCUUCAAUUAUGUGAGUUACUUGAUUGGAGGAGAGGUUUUCACAUUGCAAGACAUUGAAAAUGGCGUCCUGAGAGGAAACAGAAAAGGUGUGGCGCAGCUGCGAAGGCCUUUCUCCAAGACAGACCCACGGCUUCAGGUGGCACUCCCAGAUGUUGAGCCUCUCAUUCAUUUUGCCUUGAACUGUGGAGCAAAGGGCUGCCCUCCUAUUAAAACAUACACUCCACAGGAUAUUGACAGCCAACUCCGCACAGCGGCUGAGGCCUUUCUGGAAAAUGAUGAUGCUUGUGUGGUGGAUUCUGGGAAAGGAGAGGUUCAACUCAGUCAGAUAUUCAAGUGGUACAGGGCUGAUUUUGGAGGCACUGAUGAGAAGCUUCUGAAAUGGGUUCUGGAUCACAUGAGUGACUCUCCAAAGAAGACCAGCCUUCAGGGUAUUCUUUCUGGUGGAAAGACCAAAGUCAGCUUCCUCCCUUAUGACUGGAGCUCCAACAGCUCCCACUGAGCAUGCUUGCAGUUUUGCACCUCGUUUGUUUCUACUGAGCUGCAUUUACCUGUGUCUACAAGGUGAAUGACGGCAUGUAACCUGGAUGGGAUGCACAUUUGCACUAAAAUGCACACAAAAAAAAAGCUUUUGAGGCAGACUUUCUUUAACUUUAGGUGUAACUGAAUCCUAAACAUAGUUCAAAAGAUUUGGAUUGCUUAUCAUCUUUAAAAGGGAAACUUUUUUACAAAAAAAAAAGCAUAUUUAAAGCAUACACUUCAUCAUCUUACCUUAUAGAUUUAAAAAUCCAUUAUGAUUCUAUGCUAUAAACUUGAAUGCAUAUUAGCUUUGUGCUGGCCUGUCUAUGCCUAAAACUCAGGAGUGCGAUCUCAGUGCAGCUUCUCCUUAGCCAGGGUUAUCAUGUGGCAGGUUUCAUCAAAUCUGCCUUUCUAAGCCAUAUCAGAAACCUUUGGAUUCACAAACCUGCUCUCUCAUGUGUAGCAAACCUACAUUUCCACGUUGGCAUGUUUUUUUUCAUUUCAUAAUUAAAAAAGGAAAAGAAAUCUGUAAAUGUCCAAAGCUGCUUUCUCCUGCAUCAAAUGUUGGUAAUACCUUGAUUUUACACCUGGACGUACUGAAAUGUAGCCCAAACAACAUUUAAAUGUUUAUUUUCUUAGUAUUUACUGUAUAAUCUGCAGAAAACUACAAGCAACCUGCUGUGGAUUUUUUUCACCUGGUGGGUUUUCUUUCUAAUCUUUGACCUUUUUAUGUGUUUUUGUAAACUAGUCGUCAGCCCUUUGAGAAAUCCUGUUCUUCCUUUGUCAUUUGCAGUACAGUCAUAUUAUCUCAUAUAACACUUUGUAGAUACUUUGCAGAUUUGAAUGCCCUCUAAAAGCAGUUCAUAUAUCUGUGCGACAUUUUUUUUCCCCAUUUAAAUACAUGAUUUGUACUGACCUGUAAAUGGAUUUUAAAAAGACAAGUGAUUACAGCUUUUCCUAAUCAUUUUAUAUCUCUAAAUUACCAUUAUCUAACAGUUUUUUGCUUUAAAUAUUUUUUGUGCUAUUUUAUUAUACUAAAAUGUGUAGAUUUAAGUGUUUACUCCCUCAAAAUAUAGAAAUAAACAUAUUUCAAGUAGUAUAAACAAGUUAAUCUGUCUUAACAAAAUAUAUGUUAAAACGCAAGUGAUUUUUUUUUUCCUUAAAAAUAAGUGCUUAAAAAUAAAAAAUGAGAUAUUUAAGUUUAAAUAUUAUGCACCUACAGCAGUUAGGACUAAUACAGAAUUAUGUAAAAUAUGACUGAAUAGAAGUUUAAUAUUUUAAAACCAAAUGAAGAUAAAAACUUGAAUACAAGGAAGUAUUUAGUCUUUACAAAAUAAAUCUGUUUGCAUUCUACAAUUUUCUAUGCAAGAUCUACCACACUUUUCUACAUAGAUAUUCAUAGUUUAAAAAUGUCCUGUUUUCCUAGGAUAAAAAAUAAAUAAAAUGACAGUAAUCAUUGUGAAAUGACUGCGGACCUGACUGAUGCAUGUGUUUGUCUUUAGCAGAGUCGACACGUUUUGCACAGCAAAGUGUCGUGUUUUUCCAAUGCUUUCCUAGAGUUUGUACCGUCACCUUAACAGAGUGUUAACAGCAUGUUUCAGAGCGGGAAUGCUGCUGCUGCUGAUGAUGAUGAUGCAUGGAUCACUAGAAAACCUUUCUCUUGAAUGCUGAUUUUUAACCGUUGAAAAAAAAAAAGUUCCUUUUUGUGAGGUUUUGGCAUAAAAGUUACAGGUAGUUGGACUUCUGAUACCAGAAUACCACUAUCUAUACAGAAUGAGGUCCUUUAUAUACUUAUUUUUGCCUGCUCACUUUAGGACUUUAGGGGUCAUUACAGCAAAUCCUCCAUAUAACGCUUUCCUCUCUAUUCACCCAAACGACCCUCAUGUCCUCUUUAACUCCAUCCAUUAACGUCAUCUUUGGCCUCUUUCCUUGAAGCUCCAACAUCGUUUGCCAUGAGAUGAAAUAUCAUUCAUAUAACAAUUCAAUAUUGAGUAGUCUUGGGGUAAAAAUUCUUUGCACUUUCUCUUCCAAUUCUAGCUUUUGGCGCUAAAAGCUGUUUAAGAAAAUAUGUUUAAAGUUCCCAGCACGUCUUAAAAAUACCUCAUUUUAAAAAUAUUUGUUAUGCAAAUCCGUUUAAAUAAUGAAUUAUGAUACUGUUUUAUAGUCCCACUUGUUGGGGUUAAAAUGUGUUGAACAGUUAUAUAUGCAAUGCUGAAAAUAAAGUUGGAUUUAGUCGGA